AUUAUUAACCAUAACUUUCAGCUUCGAGUAGAAGGUAUUUACUCCAGUCAUGAAGGGUGUUAUCGUACUGGCUCUGAUUGCAGUAGCAGUCGCUGCUGCUUUUGAUGAUGACAAGAUUGUUGGAGGGUACGAGUGCCCAAAGAACAGCGUGCCCUACCAAGUGUCCCUGAAUAUUGGAUAUCACUAUUGUGGAGGAUCUCUGAUCACCACAGAGUGGGUCCUGUCUGCUGCUCAUUGCUACAAGUCCUCCUACCAGGUGCGUCUGGGAGAGCACAACAUUAAAUCUGAUGAUGAGGGCACUGAGCAGUUCAUCGAUUCAGCCAAGAUCAUCAAGCACCCCAGUUACAGCAGCCUCACCUUCAACAACGACAUCAUGCUCAUCAAGCUGAAGUCUCCUGCCACCCUGAACAGCUACGUGAGCACCGUGGCCCUGCCCAGCAGCUGCGCUUCUGCUGGUACCUACUGCCUGAUAUCUGGCUGGGGGAACACCCUCAGCAGCGGUUCUAACUACCCUGACACUCUGCAAUGCCUGGAUGCUCCUAUCCUGAGCGACUCCAACUGCAGAAGAGCUUAUCCUCUACUGAUCACCUCCAACAUGUUCUGUGCUGGAUUCAUGGAGGGAGGCAAAGACUCUUGUCAGGGAGACUCUGGAGGCCCGGUCGUGUGUAACGGGGAGGUGCAGGGUAUCGUGUCCUGGGGUUACGGCUGCGCUCAGAAGAACAGUCCUGGCGUCUACACCAAGGUCUGCAACUACAAUUCCUGGAUCAACCGGACCAUACAGAACAACUAGAGCUCAGUAUUUUCCAGCAUAUAUGUAAAAAAAUAAAUAAAAUAAAACUUUAGCAAAAGACAAA